CGUGCCCAUGGCUCCACCGAGCGCUGCUCGGGCGCUCUGCGCCGUCAUCCGCCUGGGUGUCCCCCGCCGGCCCCGCUCCGCGCCCGCCGCCGCACCCCGCGGAGCCGCCCCGGCGCCGGCUGCGGGUAGGGGGGCCCGGCCGGUGUCGCCCACCCCCCCUCCGCGGGGUGCGGAGCGGGGGGCCGCCGCCCGCUGUGGAUUUCGGGGACCCCCGGGAGGCGUUCCGCAGCAAGAGCAGCGCCGAGCUGCUGCGGGGGCUGCUGGUGCUGGGGCUGUGCGCUGUGGGGCCGCUGGUGGAGCACAACCGCGAGCUGCUGCAGCUGUGCCAGCGGGUGCUGGGGCAGGCGCUGUUCGAGCGGCUGAUGAAGAUGACCUUCUACGGGCAGUUCGUGGCCGGGGAAGACCAGGAGGCCAUCAAGCCGCUCAUCCGGCGGAACCAGGCCUUCGGCGUGGGCGCCGUGCUGGACUACAGCGUGGAGGAGGACCUGAGCGCCGAGGAGGCCGAGCGCAAGGACCUGGCCUCCUGCACCUCUGCAGCCGAGAAGGAAAUGGGAGGAGCAGGACAAAGGGAGAAACAAUACCAAGUCCAACAAGGAUUUGGGGAUCGCCGCGGUGGGGUCAUCAGCGCUCGCACGUACUUCUAUGCUGAUGAGGCCAAGUGUGACCAGCACAUGGAGACUUUCCUCCGCUGCAUCGAUGCCUCAAGUGGCAGCUCAGAGGACGGCUUCUCGGCCAUCAAGCUGACGGCACUGGGCCGGCCUCAGUUCCUGCUGCAAUUCUCGGAGGUGCUAGUGAAGUGGCGGAGAUUCUUCCACCAAAUGGCUGCGGAGCAGGGCCAGGCUGGGCGGGCAGCGCUGGAGAUGAAGCUGGAGGCGGAGAAGCUGCAGGAAGCCCUGGCCAACCUCGGCAUCGCGACCAAGGCGGAGAGCCAGCACUGGUUCACAGGCGAGAACCUGGGCAUGAGCGGCACUGUGGACCUGCUGGACUGGAACAGCCUGAUCGACAGCCGCACCAAGCUCUCCAAGCUGCUGCUUAUCCCCAACAUGCAGACAGGGCAGCUUGAGCCUCUGCUCUCACGCUUCACUGAGGAGGAGGAUCUGCAGAUGAAGCGGAUGCUGCAGCGGAUGGAUGUCCUGGCCAAGAGAGCCGUGGAGAAGGGUGUGAGGCUGAUGGUGGAUGCAGAGCAGAGCUACUUCCAGCCAGCCAUCAGCCGCCUCACCCUGGAGAUGCAGCGCCGCUUCAACAGGGAUCGAGCGAUUAUCUUCAACACCUACCAGUGCUACCUGAAGGAGGCUUAUGACAAUGUGACAGUGGAUGUGGAGCUGUCACGCAGGGAGGGCUGGCACUUCGGCACCAAGCUGGUCCGUGGUGCCUACAUGGAACAGGAGCGGGAGAGGGCGGCCCAGAUUGGCUAUGAGGAUCCCAUCAACCCCACCUAUGAGAAGACUAAUGAGAUGUACCACAGGUGCCUGGAUUAUAUCUUGGAGGAGAUCAAGCACAGCCGGAAAGCCAAUGUGAUGGUGGCAUCUCACAACGAGGACACAGUGAAGUUCACCCUGCGCAGGAUGAUGGAGCUUGGGAUCCAUCCCUCAGAGAAGAAGGUGUAUUUUGGGCAGCUGCUGGGCAUGUGUGACCAGAUUACCUUUCCCCUGGGUCAAGCUGGUUUCCCUGUCUACAAAUAUGUGCCCUACGGACCGGUGAAUGAGGUGCUGCCCUACCUGUCCCGGAGAGCCCAGGAGAACAGGGGGUUUAUGCAGCGGGCGAACCGGGAGCGGGACCUUCUCUGGAGGGAGGUCAAGAGGCGGCUUCUCGCAGGCAGCCUCUUCAGCCCCAGCCACUAACCUCACCCUGGCACCCAGCCCAGGGGCUCCUGUGCCUUCAUCUAUAACCACUACUGCCCUUCCCCAUCCUAAUUCUGCUGCAGUCCCCCCCCCCAGCCCCCCUUGUCCUGGGAGGGGAUGUGUCCUUAUCGCUGUUUGAACCACAUACACCUUCUGGAGGUCACUGCUGUAGGGUUGCCCCAGCUGGCACUGCCCCAGGGGAUGUCCCUCUGCUGUGCCAGGGGCUCCUGGGCUGUCUCAGGGGAGAUGCUGGGGCUCCUCUGCCAGACCUCCUGCCUCUGUGAGCACUGUCCCGGGGUUUUCCCCUUGCAGGAUUGCACAAGGGGCUUUGGCCACCCGCUCCGUGCCACAGGCUCAGGUCUGGGGCAGGCUGGGUGGCUCGGGAGCAAGCUGGCCUCUGCCAGAAGCGCCUCCGGCCUCUGCCACAGCUGGGGCUUAGUCUCUUUCAGCUCUGUGGAGACAGAUGCCAAAGCAGAGCCUACCGUGGGUUGCUGGGCAGGGGCAGGGCGAGUCCCUGCUGCCUGUCCCAGGGCAGAUGCUACCUGGCUGCUCAGCAGCUUUGCACAGAUCAGAGCUGGGUGUCCCCACAUCCCACCAGGCUAAGCAGAGCCGAAGCCCCGUGGGGUUGCCCAUCCUCAGGCAUGCCUCCAGCAGGGCAGGAGGGGUGAGGGGAGCUGGCUGGUCCCAUCCCCGCACUGUUCCUGCCCUGCCCACAGUCCCAGCUCCAAGGAUGGGCCAGGUCUGUGCUGCAGGCGGGGGCAGUGAUGGCGUGGGAGCACCAGGAGCCAGACCACAGCUUGGCUCUACUAUACACUGGAUUUGCAGAGUGAUGAUGAUUAAAUCAUAACUGUUCUUGC